AUGUCAUACCGUAUUGAGAUAUCCCCCAACAACCGUGCCGGUUGCCAAGAUGGCGUCUGUAAAAAGCAGGCCGCCAAGUGUCUCAAAGGCGAGCUGCGCUUCGGCACCUGGUUCAUGCCACCUAACAUUGACCAUGGAAGCUGGAGAUGGAAGCACUGGGGUUGCGUGUCGGGCGCUCAGAUUCAAGGCCUGCAGGACCUUGCCAGGAAGGGCGAUGACUAUCAAUGGGAUAUGAUCGAUGGCUACGAUGAGAUGGAUGAUCACCCGGAAAUCCAAGAGAAGAUUCGUCGUGUCGUUGAACAGGGCCACAUCGACGACGAGGACUUCAAUGGCGACCCCGAGUACAAUGUGCUGGGAAAACGCGGAAUCCGUGGGCCGAAGUCCAAGGCUGCUGCUGCUGCUGCUUUAGAGGCCGAUGGCGAGGAGGAAGAAGACGCCGCGCCCACCCCGGCCAAGAAGUCCGCCAAGCGUGGACGCAAGAAGGCUGAAGAUGAUGAGGACGAGGAGCCUGAACCGCCCAAGAAGAAGGCUAAAGCAGCCAAGGGCGCCUCAUCCAAAAAGGCCAAAGCAGCUGACAGCGACGGCGAAGCUGCUCCGCCUGUCAAGAAGGCACCUGCGAAGAAGCGGGGUCGUCCGAGCAAGGGUGUCAAGAAGGAAGAGGACGAGGACGAAGAGGCCCCAGUGGCCCCCAAGGCCAAGAAAGCUGCUUCAGCCAGGAAGGUCAAGAAGGAGGCUGAUGAAGAAGAGGACGUCGAUGUGGCGCCCAAGUCUAAGAAGGCUGCUCCGACUAGGAGGACCAGUGGCCGCCAGAGCAAAGGUGCUGUCAAGGAUGAGGAGGAUGCCGAGGAGACCGCUGCUCCUCCGAAGCCCCGGGCCAAGAGGGGUAAGAAGGCCGUCCCCGAGCCUGAGCCCGAGCCCGAGUCGGAGGAAGAAGCACCCGAGCCCAAGAAGAAGACGACGAAGAAGGCCAAGGCUGCGCCCGCUCCUGCGCCGGCGAAAAGGCGCGGCCGCAAGAGGUGA